CGGCGGCGCGUCGGGGACCGGGAGCGACUGGUGGUGGCGGCAGGACAAUGCCGGACCCAGCCAUGGCGGUGUAAAGGAUUAUGUGAUGGAGUGGAUCAGAUCGGAGAUCAAGAAGGAGCGCCCCAAAAAUGAUUGGAUUGCAGGGGCAGCUGCAACCAACCCGGGGACAGAGAGGAAGAAGCAAAAGCGCAGAGCACGCGAGUGGUGGCGCGAGGAGUACACCGAUGAGCUUGCAAAGAAGCAGAAACGCAGGGCGCUUGCCAAAUCGAGGAGCCAGCAGGCCGGGCUGCAAUGGUGGGAGCGUGAUAUCGAUGAUGACUUGGACGGCAAGGGGCGGUCCAAGUGGAGUGUGGUGAAGAGCUGGAGCCGAAGAAGCAGCAGCAGCGCUAGCAAUGGCAAUGGCACUGGCAAUGUCAAUGGGAGCAUCAACUGGUGGGUCAAUGGCGCGAGAAGCAGCCGUGAUUGGGCAAGUGGGGACUUCGUGCCCAAGAGCGGAGGCGCGGUGAGCAGCACGCCGAGCAUGCGUGGCACCGUGUGCUAUGUCGCUCCGGAGUACGGUGGCGGCGGUCCUUUGUCCGAGAGAUGUGACAUCUAUAGCUAUGGUGUCCUGCUACUGGUUCUUAUCUCUGGCCGCCGGCCAUUGCAAGUGUCGGCCUCACCCAUGUCGGAGUUCGAGAAGGCGAGCCUCAUAUCGUGGGCAAAGCACCUCGCGCGCGUGAGUCGCCUUAUCGAUCUCAUCGACCCGGCCUUGAAAGAUGUUAACCAGGAGGAGGCACUGCUCUGCAUCACCGUCGCGCUCCUCUGCAUACAGAGGGCCCCUGCUCGCCGGCCAUCAAGCGAAGAGUUGCUCCGGUUGCUCUCCGGCGAGGGAGAGCCGCCUCACCUCCCGCUAGAGUUCUCGCCGUCCCCACCCGGUGGGUUCCAUUACAAAUCCCGGAAGAAAGUUCGGUGAGUUUGUUUUAGGUUCUUGCUUAGAUGCAAAGGGUUCUGUUAACCACCUAACCUUGUGCCCUGAGAUAUGUUUAUCGUUCCGUCCGGUACACGUUCUAGUCUACGCCUUUGUCACUUGCUAAUAAUUAUGUAUAAAGCUCUCCGUGGAGGAAAGAAAAAGGUGAUGGCAAAUCUUAAAUUGACAUUUGACAAGAA